AUGAAUAGUCUUCACAAUGAGUAUGAACUACAAGAUGAGUUGGAGGCUAAAACUGAGAGGAUAAAAGAAUUGGAGAAGCAGAUUACAGAAACAGAGCAGGAUUUGAAUAAUCUUUCUGUGGAGUGCACUCAGACCAAGCAGCUGAAGGAAGAGUUGGUCCAGAGGUUAGAUGCUCAGGAUAAAGAGAUGAAAACAUUACAAAGGGGCGUGGCUGAGAUGAGGAGCCGAGCAACUAUGGCAGAGGAGGAAAGGGAUGCGGAGAGGAAAGAGAACGCCGAAAAGGAGGAGCAACUGAAGGAGGCAAAUGAGAGAGUUUCGACCCUUGAGUCGUCGUUGAACCAGCAGAAGACUACACAUGACACUACAAGGAAGCUAGAAGCAGCUCUUAAAGAAGCAAGCCAGAGCAAUCUCAUGGAUCUAGAGAUAGCAGACUAUGAGAAAACCGUGUCUAGUUUGAACGCAACCAUCGAUGAUAGAGAAACGAAGAUCGCUAACCUCAAUACAGAAGUAGAGAGUCUGGAGAAGAGACUAGAUGCUAUGCAGAAUGAAAUCACUGCAAUUGGUAACCAGCGUGACCAGGCAGAGGAGAGGGCUAACAAGAUGAAGGGGAUGCUGAUGAAGACCAAGAAGGAGCUCUCCGAUAUCAAGAAGACAGAGAGUGAGCAGAGAAGUACAGAGGCUGCUCUGCAUGGCCAGGUGGAAUAUCUUAAUCAACAAGCUGAAGAUAACAAGAUGGAGCAAGCCAAGAUGGCUGCUGAGAAUCAGAAACUCAAAGAUCAGAUGCGUACAUCCAACGAGGCAAACAUGAGAACAGUUCGGAGUCUGGAACAGAAGGUUACCAUGCUGCAGGAAGAUCUUGACCUAGCUCACAGUGAGCUCACUGCAUGUCAGGCCGAGUUUGAUAGCUAUAAGGUCAGAGUUCAUAGUGUCCUCAAGCAGCAGAAGACGAGGGAGACCAAUCCUGUUACCAUGGCGAUGGAUGCGAGGGAGAAGGAGGAGUCAGAGAACAUGAUCCAAGCCCUGAGGAGCAAGCUAAAGGAGACGGGAGAUAAGAUGGUUGCCUUGACGACGGAACAUGAGUUGUUGCAAGGAGAACACGAUCGUCUUUUGGCGAGACACAGUGAGAUGAUACAGGAUAUGGAAUCUAAUGAAGCUGCUGGAAGAGAGAGGUUGGAGAAGCUUCGUAUUGAGAGCCACAGUAGAAACAUCGAACACACUGAAUCCAUCAAAGAAUUAACUGCACAGAAUGAGGCUUUGACUUCAUCCUUUAAGGUUCAAAUGAGGCAGCUGCAGGAUGAUCAUCACCGAACAAUGGAAAGCUUACAGCGCCAGCUAGAGUCCACUGAGAAUCAGCUUUACCGAGCCCAGCAGGAGAUACAGAGGAACAACAGCAUGGUCGUCAUCCCGACACGUACCCCGGUGGAGACGAGUAAAGAGAGCCCUCUGGAGUCAGCUAUUAGGACAGUUCGCGAGAGAGAGCAGGCUGAAGGUAUGGAGCACACGGAUGCCGAAGCACCGCCCAGUAAGUCCCACCCCUCCCUUCCACCAAUCAGCAUGCAGAGUCCCACGCAGGCUCCGACCUCGGUACCCUUCGCACAACUCCUAUCGUCGCCGACCGAUGACCGGCAGAGCGUCUUCAGUGCGGUCAGCUCCACAGCCGAAGAGGAACAGCUGAAGAACCAGUUGACCGCUGCACAGCAUAGAAUUGACCAUUUCACAGAGAUAACUGGAGAAAACGAAUCAGCCAUUCUCAGGUUGACAGAACAAGCCAAGGUCUUAAAGGAAGAGAUCAGGAGAUUAGAAAGAAACCAGGCCAGGGAAAACGCAAUCUCAAACAUGGAAUACCUGAAGAAUGUUGUACUCAAGUUCGUAUCUCUGCCUCAAGGUGACGAGAAGGGUCGUCUUAUACCAGUCUUGAAGACUAUGCUGAAACUCAGUGAUACAGAAAUCAAGCAGCUAGCUACUAUUGCCCAAGGUGACGAAGCUACACAGAAGUCUGGCUCCCAAGCUGGCUCAUACCUCCAUCGAUGGUCUGGUGGUCUACUAUAGUCACAUGAUCAAUGGUCAGGUGGUCUGUUAUGAUCACAUGAUCAACAUUCCAAUGCUCCUUCCCCCAACCCAAUUUUAUCUUGCCUUCGGGGUUUCUCAGAGGGGGCAUGAUAGCUUAGUCGUUACAGCAGUGGUUUUGCAGUACGGUGACCGAGGUUUGAUUCCAGUUUGGUGCUCUGGUGCCCUUUCGCAAGGCAUUUAUCCCCAUUAAAGGGGAGGUUCACC